UGGCUGCUGGACUGGCUUUAUAAAGAGCUAAUUUUACCAGAAGCGACGUGGUUUCCUGAGCUCUCACAAUUGGCCGGAGGACUUCCACUCCGGUUUAAAAGGAACCGCUUCCCACUGUCAGCUGGUUUUAUGUCUCAGACGCGCAGCAGCAGCGGAGCGGCCACUGCCAACUGAGCCGCUCGAAUCUCCCCGAAACUUCACGACCUAUCCAACGAUGGCUUUAUCCGGAGUGAUGCUUCCCUCCUUUUCUACGUUUACAGCGCAGAGAGAGAAGACUUGGGAGCAUAGGUGGAAAGGUGACAUGGACAAACUGGUCACCGGGAGCUGCUCCAUGCUCGAGAUGGUGCACAGCCUGGACGGCAAGAAAGACGACGAGGAUCUGAGCAACUACUUGGAUCUGGACUUUAUCCUGGCCAACACGAGCGGGUCGGACGGCGCGGCGGCUUACGUGGGCCCCGCGGAGCACAGCAGCAUGUACCCCAGCGGUGCAGCAGCAGCAGCAGCAGCAGCCGCCUUCCCCAGCGAGGAGCACCGGUCCCCGCCGCCGCCCUACGGCGCCAGCCUCAUGACCGAACUCAUGCGCGCCGAUGGAGGCGACAGCUUUACGCGCAACGUCCAGGGGCGAGUUUUCCUCGACCACUUCCCGCGCCAGGACAUCAAAGUGGAGCCCGCCAUGGACACUUACGGACCGGUUAUGGGAAUGGUGCCGCAGAGCUGCAGCAAGAUCAAGCAGGAGGGGAACGUUUCGUGCAUGCUGAGCUUCGAGCAGCCCCGAGUGGCCAUCUCUCCGCGGGCAGCCAGCAACAUGACGCCGCCGCUCAGCCCGGACGACCAAGGCGUGUCGGACUGUCAGGCCCAGAUGUGCCACUUCCAGCAGAAGUACCACCCCACGCCGGCCUUCCCGCACCAUCCUCAGGCUCCGCACAUGCAGAUGACGUAUCACGCCGCCCCCCACGGAGCCUUCGGCAUGUACGACGAGGCAGUGAACCUGCAGCCGCAGAGAGUGAUGCUCACCCCGCCCUCCUCCCCGCUGGAGCUGCUGGAGUCCAAGCCCAAAAGAGGGCGCCGAACCUGGCCGCGCAAGCGCACCGCCACGCACACCUGCACCUUCGCUGGCUGCGGGAAAACCUACACGAAAAGUUCGCACUUGAAGGCGCACCUGCGGACUCACACCGGUGAGAAGCCAUAUCACUGCAGCUGGGAAGGAUGCGGGUGGAAGUUCGCGCGCUCGGACGAGUUGACACGUCACUUCCGGAAGCACACCGGACACAGGCCGUUCCAGUGUCACCUGUGCGAGCGCGCCUUUUCACGCUCGGACCAUUUGGCGCUUCACAUGAAGCGACACAUGUGAACGAACUGCAUUUUAUUUUUUUUUAUUUAAAGGUGACCAAAGCCAUUUUAUAUAUAUAUAUAAAUAUAAUAUUGAACAAAAUCGUUAAUAUUCAUGGUAACACUUUACAAUGAGGUUUGCUACAACCAUCACAUACAAGUGUCGCAACAGGUGACGCAGAGCAGUGACACACUUGAAUCAACAGGUUUGUCAAAUACUUUUCAUCAUCAGCUAAUCUGGGCCUCAAGUCACGCGACAUGAGUCACCUGGAUUCAUUCCUGAGCACUUACAAACGAGCCGCGCUCAAGACUGUUACCAAAGCCAUGUUGGGAACGAUGAAGGAUUCUCACCACAGGGACCUCUUGAGCGUCAUUUACGACACGCUCACAAACAGCACUGGGGAUCCCACAGAAGGACUGUUGAGCGAGCCACCGGAACUCGUUUCUAAGUGACGCAAACCUCAUUCUAAAUUGUUACCCAGUAAUGUAGCUGGUACUACUUUGGCUAUAUGUAUUUGUUGUGGAAGAAGCUUUAGAAAAGCUGUACUCGCUUCACACCGGGGGCUGGCCCCGUUCCUCCAAUGACAAAACUGGAUCCGUGUGUUUGACACAUGAAGUGCCUCGGAUGACUCUGCUACUGUAACUCUUUGAGACGGAACGACUCCAUUCCACAUGUUCUGAUUGACAGGAGUGAAAUAUGCACAUACAGCUGCCCGACGUGUGCAAAGACAAUGUUUUUACCGAAAACUGCCUUUAUUUUUAUCGUUGUGAACCCGAUGCAGAUCAUCUGUACACUAUCAGGGCUUGAUGUCCUGUGCAUUAUUUUCUACCUAAAUUUAUAUAAUUAUGGACAUGUAUUUUAUACUGUAAGAUGUGUAUUUAUUGUAAAUAUUAAACAAAAUCAAACUUGGUGAUUUGUCUGUCAUG